AUGGGGUUGGGCCAAGCUUUGGUGGUUGCUUGUGGUCUUAUGGUCUCUACGAGACACAGACCUCCAGAAGCAGUUCCUUACCGGAUUAACCAAGACGUCGAUCUCUUCAUUUUCAUCACUGACCGCGAAGCCGAUAUCUGCUUCAGUGUCGCCUGUGAUUUGUUAUCCACAAUCGGAAGCAGGAGACCGCAAAAUAGGCCAAGACACCAAGAGAAGCGUUCUCGAGACUGUUCCGACGAUGCCAAAUUUCGACGAGCGAAAAACCUCACCGGCUGUCACCACCUCCACUGGGUUUGGCUUAAUCUAGAGAAGGCUGCUGAUGUUAUAGAGCCGCGGUUUAUUGGUUUCAGAGGUUUGUCAUGCAUGGCACAAAAACUUGGUAAAGAAAUGUUUGGAGGACGAGAUGCGAGCUACAGUAUCAAGAAGGCUUCAUCAGGAAGUAGAUGACAUAUGUCAACAAAGAGGAACAGAUGGUUUGUUUGCGGAUCUCAUGGAAGAUUUUGUUGAUGCAUAAAAUUUUGUGGAUUAUCUGAAGGCAACUUGGUAUCCUAGAAUUUGUUUAUGGCUUAGGAUGCAGGUCAUUGGCCAAUCAUACAGUAGUAGCUUACGAAAUCAAUUAGUUUUUUUUUUUUUAUAUCUUUUUAUGAUCCAAGUUAAAGUUAUUCAUUAUGUUAAAACAGUCCAUAAAUUUACGACUUUAUGUUAAAUUAGCUCAUGUCUUCUGUUUGUAUAUCCUGUACAAAAUUGUGAAAAUGAG